GCUAUCAGCUCCGGCUGUCCGUAUCGGCUGGCCGGCUCCGCGUAUCGGUCCGCCGGCGUCCGGACGGUGCUCUCCCGUCGUGGAGGCGUGGAGUGUAUCGCUCGCUGCUGCUCCCGUGGUGGGUGUGUACUGUGUAAAGUGCGCCGACGGGCCACAGUUACUCCCGUUGUAGGGGUGUGGAAUGUAAAGUGCGCCGGUGUAUCACCACCAACACCCACUACUGACUACAACUACUGCUCAGGAGUAUGGCGGAUGAGCGCGAUGCGGCGCCGCUGACUCCGCUGAAUGAGGACGCGUCAGAGUAGCCGGGCGCGCGCCACCAAGCCGCCGCGCGCGGCUCCCGCGGCCGCCCGGCGCGCCUCGGCAGGCCGCUCGCGCCGGCCGGCGCUGCUGGCGAGCCGUGCACCCCCGCCACCGCCGCCGGCAGCGCGUCCGAGAGGCCGGAGCCGCGCCGGACGGCGGACCGCGGCGCCGGCGGCCGGCCGCGCCCGCCACACCUCCUCCAGUAGCUGCAACGAGAACCUGGACCCCGAGCCGACGGAGGGUUUCACCAGCCUGAAGCCGGGCGCGGCGGCGGUGGCGGCGGCGGCCGCGGCGGCCGAGGAGCAGCUGAUCACGGCGGCUGCUCCGCCGCGGCUGCCGCUGCAGCAGGUGGCCCCCGCCCAGCACAACACCACCACGCUGUUCUCGCCGCCCGUGUACCCGCUGGCCGGCGAGGUCACCGCGCUCAGCUCACAGUAUGGCUGUCGGCCGUCUGAUGAGCGCGGCGGUCCGGCGGAGGGCACCGACCCGUCGCUGUGGUCGGCACCCGAGCCGAUGGCGCUGGUGCCAGCAGAGGGCAGUGAGGAGCUGAACCUGUACGCGCCGGCCGAGUCCUCUGACGGCGAGCAGUGGCAGCAGGCGGAGGACGAGGCGGCCGCCGAGGUGUGGGACCAGUUCAACACCUACUACUUCAUCAAACACCUGCCGCCGCUGACGCCCGAGAUGCGCGCCCGACACCCGGCGCUGCCGCUGAAAACCAGGAGCAGCCCCCAGUUCACACUGGUGCUCGACCUGGACGAGACUCUGGUGCACUGUAGCCUGCAGGCGAUGGAGGACGCCUCGUUCAGCUUCCCGGUGCCGUUCCAAGGCGUCACCUACCAGGUGUUUGUGCGCACGCGGCCCUUCUUCCGAGAGUUCCUCGACCACGUGUCCAGCAUGUUCGAGAUCAUCCUGUUCACCGCCUCCAAAAAGGUUUACGCCGACAAGCUGGUGGACCUGCUGGACCCACAUCGGCGCUACAUCAAGUACCGUCUGUUCCGCGACCACUGUGUAUGUGUGCACGGCAACUACAUCAAAGAUCUCAGCAUCCUGGGCAGGGACCUGUCGCGUACCAUCAUCGUCGACAACUCGCCGCAGGCCUUCGGCUACCAGUUCGAGAAUGGGAUUCCGAUCGAGAGCUGGUUCAUCGAUAAACAAGACAGGGAACUUCUUAAGCUGAUACCGUUUUUAGAGCAUCUACACUCAUUGAACGAGGACGUCCGGCCGCACAUCCGGGACAAGUACCAGCUGCACGCGCUGCUGCCGCCCGACUAGCGCCGCCGCCGCCGUCUGCCGUCUGCUGACCGACCCACCUGCCUGCACGGCGCCGCGCCGCGCCGGGAGAGAGUCCGAGAGUGAGAGAGAGGGACAGCGCGCCACCGCUCUGUUUUGUCACAUGUACAAAACAUGUGACAUGUUUUGUCACAUGUUGGUGCGUCGUUGUUGGUUGUUUGGUCGGCGCCGCCCGGGCGCUACUGAGGAGUCUGGUGGGCGCAAAGCGGGCGCCGCGACAGGAGCGGUAUGUGUGCGGUCACCGGUCCCCGCGCGCACCUCCGUCGGACGCCCUCACCAUACCCAGUGCACGCGCAGAGGACGCCCGUGGCCGCGCCGCCACUCUGACAUUGUUGGCGCACGUUCGAACACUUGUACAAUAUUUUAGCAAAUAAAGAGGACGAUUUUAUCGCUGUUGGCACUGACCAAGUGCGGAGCCUUGUAUCCAACCGACUGAGGUUACAGUGCUCGUCUGUGUGAAUGAAUCGCUGCGAUGUUUAAUAUUAUGGAAAUGCUCCGAG